UCCUCCAGCUUUUCGUUAUCACUAGACUGCCGCAUAACUCAAGCUGUUGUGAUCGCAGAAUUUCUUAAAGGUAAACGAUUAAAAUUAUUACACAGCAAAUGCACCCAGUAUAGUGACUUGUACGUUCAAUUUUGAACAUUACUUUUGUACUGAUCAAGAAACAUAAACGAAUUUGGCUCAGAAUUACCAUAAACUCGUCUAGUUCACAUUGAGUCUUAACCAGCUUACACUAUUGUAAAAUUUAAUACUCAGUCUAUAAAGUUGAUGAUGAAACUGAUGGCCAGCGUACAGGAGAUACAUUCUUUGAGAGAAAGAGGUAGAAAAACUUAAAUAACUUAAAUAAAUAACUCAUAAUACGCAAUCCCAAACUGUGAUAUUAUCAUCUGUAAUCUCUAUAACUGUCUUAAAUUGUCAGCCUAACGUUUGCGGUGAAAGUGCAAACCUUUAGUUUUCACUGAAUUAAGGAAUCACACCAAGUCAGGUCUCAGAAGUAUCACAAAGCAAUGCGGAAAUACGAAACACGAUAUCAUUGGACGAAUCACUGACAAAGCCGAAAAAGUAGUAUCCAAUAGCAUUUCUUGUUAGAAUACUCAUGGCAGAAUUUUCUCUUAACUUGUUACUACGAGAACUUAGUCAAACAAACCACAGCCAGAGUGAUUCAGGCACAUCAUUGUUACACAGAAUAGAUCCAAGAUAACAACAGCGUAGGUUCGUAUAUUUGUACUUUGUGAAUUCUUACAUGUUACCUUAUUCCAUUCUCGUUCUUCUUUUUGUACUCUGUUGGCUGAACUCAAUGAAUACGUAGGUAGGUGAACACUCUCAUGAUACGGAACACGUUUCCAGUUAAAAAGGCGACUGAGUUUAAGUGGGCAAUGGGAAUAUAAGCCUUUGUUCAGUCACUUAGAAUUAUUAAGUAUUAAAUCACCUGCAAGUUAGCGUCUGUUUUCAUAAGUGACUUUCGACUUUCGUGUAAGGGAACUAUAAUUGGGUACCUUUGCUUGGCAAUGUGCAUUUAAAGUGUGUUCAGCCUUUUUAGAAUUCUUCGGAAAAUGUUUCUCGAAAUUGCCGACUGUUUAUCAGUGAAAAAUAGGGUGAUUAAGACAAGAAAGGCGAUAAUCGAAAACAGGCGUUUUGUUGUUUUAUAUGUCGAAGUGGUAAAUCUUAAAGGUGUUAAGAAUUGACUGUUUUAUUAAAAAUGGAUAACAGAUAAUGGCGUAAUUAAAAGAUUUUCUUUGAAAAAUGAAGCGUAUCAUUUCAGUCGAAAGUCCGGAUAAAAUUUUUACAAGUGCAUUUUUUUUUAUAAAGCAAUGCAAAAUCAAACUUGGUUUGUCCGUAAAGAUUUGAAAACAUUUCAAACUUAGGUACGAUUCCAAGACUAAUUUUAAAAGUGUAUUUGCUAGCUGAAAACGUACCAAAUAAAUAACGUAGCUACGAAUAUUAAAGACAGUUAAGAAAACAUGUUGCAAUAUUAAACGCACAUAAGGGGUAAUCGUAAUCUCCUUCUUCAAUUAUUUUGUCUAAUCUAAAAGUUAUUGUUUCAGCGCGAUCUCUGUCCGUUUUGAACAUGAGCCGGUGUCAAGCUGACGUAUAAUGUAAUUUGAAGGAGAAUUUUUAUGACAGAAAGAGCCUUCAAGUUCUAACGGAGCUUGUUCUCUAAGAUGAAAGGAAUAACUGAUGACUGAAACGAAGUUUAUCAUGAGAGGUCCUAUUAAAGGCGUGCACAUAGAGGAGCAAUAGCUUCUAUGAUUUGACAAAACUCCCCGCUGGUCCGCGGACCAAAAAAAUUUCCAGAAAUGUUUGAAAACGAGUAAUCCGAGUUUAAGCAUAGAGAGCUAAAAAGCACGGAAUUACUAGACAGUUAGCCCAAAAAAAAAUUAAAUAAACUCUAAAAAUACUUUCCGUAUUUUAACAUGUUGUGUUUUUAGCCUUAUCAAACUUGCUUCUUAUUUAAACAAAGAAAUUUUUAACAGCUAUUCUCAUUGGUCAAUCCAGAAAUGACUUAGCCAAUCGGAAAGUUUGUCGUGUUUUCGCAUUUCAUACGUCACGAACCCUUCAACUCGUUUUAGCCUGCAACGUAAAAUUAUAGCGCCAAAGGAAAAAAUCCUUUCAAUUGGUCAAUUAAGAAUCCAUUCAACCAAUAAGAACUCUUUUAGCACGUUGUAUUUACCAACCUUAAAACUCUAACUUGUUCAAAACACGUUUGUAUUUAAAGUUAUUCCAGUAGAGGACAUAAAAGCCUCAGCAUUGUGAAGGGAUUUGUCAUUCCUCGUCGGAUGUCUAUAGACAUAUAAGCAAGCUUAAGGUUGGUUUUCAAUGUUUUUUAGAUUUAACUUGGUAACUAUAUACUCAUAUCAACUGUCAAUGUUUUGGAGCUAUUCCAGCGUUUUUUUUUAAAGUUUCAAUUCUCUCAAUUAUUUGAUCUUAAUUACAAAAAAUUCAGAAACCAUCGUUUAAUGUUAAAGUGAAAUUUAUCGGAGUCGCUGUAUUCUCUCCAUGAAGGCACCGAGUAGUCGCUAAUUAACCGUGGCUUUCAUAUACGAAGGUAUCCGUAAUGACUUAUUUGUUAUCGCCUUUUGAGCUAUGCUGAAAAGGGCUUUGUGACUCCGUGCAUACAGAACAUGAAAUUACAAGUCCAUGGUAUACUGUUCUCAAUAAGUAAUGAAUACAGCAGUGUUAAAGAAAUUGCUUUUUCUAUUCUUUCUUUUUUUCUUCCAGUUUCAAAACAAGUAGGAAUGUCGCAAUCAAUUUGUUAAAGCUUGAUUGUAAUCACGUUUUCACAGGUUUUACAAUCAUACAAUCCUGUAUGAAGAUGCCACUGGCCACUAAGUUAUGUGUUCUGCAGUUGCUACUGAUCACUGUCUGUUCUGCAAAUAACAACAACAGCAGCAAACCAGGUGAAAAGGUGAGUUCGUUUGAUCAAAUAUUGCAACUAAGGGGUUGUUUAAUGCAAAUUGUUGUAAGAUGAAAAGUGGUACGGUUUAACAAGCUAUCAGUACGUAAAAGAAUGGAAUGACAUAGGAUAGAAUGAAUAAAACAAUGGUUUAUGAAUGGUUUGGUUUGAUGACUCAAUGAUUGUCAGGGUGUUUAGCCAAAAAAAAUACAUGUCUAAUUUUUAUUUAUACACUUUAGAAAAUAUUUUAUAGGUAUUCCAAGUUAAAGGAUAUUCAGAGCAAAACUCUGAAAAUUGCUCCUACACGACAAUAAUGUCUGUUGCCUUUUUUUCUUUUAGAGCACUACUAAACAGACUUCAUCUUAUGGUUCCUGUGGUCAUGGUGGGUGUUUCUGUGCACCAGGAAUUCCAGGCAUCCCAGGAAGUCCUGGACCCGCGGGACCAGCAGGUGUCGCGGGAUCAUCCGGUAAUCAUGGACCUGAAGGACCCAUGGCCCCACGAGGACACAAAGGUGAUGAAGGAGCCGGUGGAAGACAGGGACUUCCAGGUCCCAGCGGUAACAAAGGAGAAGCAGGCCCCCCUGGUUCCAAGGGACCUCAAGGACCCUCAGGUUCAGCUGGUUCUCCUGGAAACAAGGGUAAUACAGGUGCUCGUGGAAAGCAAGGUCCCCCUGGGCCCAAGGGACCUCAAGGACCCUCAGGUUCAGCUGGUUCCCCCGGAAACAAGGGUGAUACAGGUGCUCGUGGAAGACAAGGUUCCCCAGGUUCCAAGGGGGAUCCGGGAGCGUUUGGUCGUAAUUGGAAACAAUGCGUUUUCAAAAAUAUCAACGAUGGAAAGGACUCUGGAUUGAUUAAGGUAAAAUUAAAUUUACAAUGGCAGGUUAUUGAAUAGUCGCAUUGCGACCCAUAUCAAAUCAAAAAACAACUAAAUAGAGAUAAUGAAAUUGAAGAAGCUUGGAACUUUAUGGUAACUAUUUUCAAGGCGUUUAUUUAUUCCCAUCGGAUACACACUUUCCGAUAUUUCUUCACGGCUGUGAAUGAGGGGUAAUUCAAGUCUUCUGCCCACAUUCAAGUAAAGCCUGGCCAACAUGCAAUUAUUGUUUUAUUCUAGUUGCAUGUUUUGAACGAAAAUUGUCUCCAGUCAAUUAUCUUCGAUUUAUAAAUCACAAAAAGCCCACAAUUCGUUUAUUCGAUCUGACAAAGGUUAUGUAGCAGUAAAAUUGUUAGCUUAAAAAGCCUAGCUUACAUUUCACUGUUUAAUUUUGAAAAUUUUUUCGAUAAUUUUCGCUCAGGAAUGUAUUUUCGGAAAGACGUCAGACAACACAGCGCUGCGUGUCCUCUGGAGCGGCAAUCUUCGCAUCUAUAACUGUAAACGGUGCUGCAGGCGAUGGUAUUUCACUUUUAACGGUGCAGAAUGUUCAACACCAGGUGCCAUUGAUGGAUUGGUGUACAUGCAUGAUGGAACUGGCAGCAGACUUAAUGAAAUGCUUCGUCAUGGUCACAUUGAGGGCGUCUGUGAAAAAAUCCACAAGGGUACUGUGCGCGUUGGAUUCUGGGUCGGCAAUUGUGGUGGUUACGGAUCUGCUGAUGCUUACACAGGCUGGAACUCAGUGUCCCGGAUCUACGUAGAAGAAGUACCUUCCUCGAAAGCUUAG